UGGUUGGUCGUCGAUGUUGGUCGCGUCUUCUCUUGUACCCAUCAUCUUCAUCAUUAUGAAAAGCCGAUGGUACAAAUCAGUUAUUCUAAGGAAGGAAAAGUGUUAAGACGUGCGUUUAAAGGACUGUAGACGUGGAGUGGUUGCUUCACAGCAAAAAUAUUUUUCUUAAAAUUGUGCUUUAAGAAUAAAAGUGUUAAAGGGCUCCUCAUAAUAUAAAAAUGAAUUGGUUAAUUUUAUCAAUCACAUUUUGUGCUCUAACAUCUUUUGUUGGAAGCUACAAUAUACUCGGUUUGUUUCCUCAUCCUGGAAUCAGUCAUUUUAACUUCUUCCAUCCGAUAAUGAGAGGUUUGGCGGAAGCCGGUCAUAAUGUGACGGUUAUCAGUCAUUUUCCGGAUAGGAAACCCGUAGAAAACUACACGGAUUUAGUGCUGCCACCUGUUGAUUUAUUUAUAAACACUGUUGAUUUAAAGGCUCUAACAAAACGCCGGUUUUACACUCCUUUGAAAAUAUUUUUCUCACUACACGAAUGGGGCGAGGAAGCUUGUAGGAAUACGUUUGAAUCAGAGGCAUUGGAAAAGGUUCUAAGCGGGGAUAUUCAAUUCGAUGCCAUCAUCAUGGAACAAUUCAACACAGACUGUCUAAUGGCAGUUGCGCAUAUUUUAAAAGUUCCUGUCGUGGCACUUAGCAGCUGUCCCCUGAUGCCAUGGCAUUACGAGCGAAUGGGAAACCCAAUAAUUCCCUCAUACAUUCCUGCCUUGUUUCUAGACCAAUCGGAGAACAUAGACUUUCUUAGUCGUGUUGGAAAUUGGUUCAUCUAUCAUGGAUAUAAUUUUCUAUACAAUCAAUAUAACCACAAGCUCGCAACGGAAUUAGUUCGUCAAAGAUUUGGACAACACAUGCCGGAUACAAGAGAGCUAAGCAUGGAAACGUCUGUCUUCUUCGUGAAUCAGCACUAUUCCUUGACAGGUGCUAAGCCAUUGUCACCAGCUGUCAUUGAACUCGGUGGAAUUCACAUUCAAGGUCAAACUGAACCGUUAAACGAGGACAUUCAAAGUUUCCUCGAUAGUGCUGAACACGGAGUUAUUGUCUUCAGUUGGGGAUCCAUGGUUCGAACAGAAACUCUUGCCCCAGAAAAACUUGAAGCCAUCCUAAAAGCUUUUAAACGAUUGAAACAAAAAGUCAUUUGGAAAUGGGAAAAUAAUACUUUGCCACAUCAGCCAAAGAAUGUCUUCAUUAGCAAAUGGUUGCCCCAGAAGGAUAUUCUCAGUCAUCCAAAUGUCAAAGCCUUCAUGACACACGGAGGGUUAUUGGGUAGCAUAGAAGCUGCCUACUUCGGUAUUCCAGUUGUCAUUACUCCAAUGUUUGCAGAUCAAUAUCAUAACGCUGCAACAUUAGUUGACCGAGGCAUGGGAACAAUAUUACAUUUUGAAGACAUUACAGAAGCAACUGUCUUCAAUGCUUUAACUACAGUUCUUGAUAAAAAAUUCAUGGACAAUGCUAAAAAUAUUGCACAUUCAUUUAAGAAACGUCCCAAAACUGCAAUGGAAACUGCUAUUUGGUGGGUCGAGCAUGUUAUCGAAACUAAAGGGGCUCCAUUAACUAAGUCCAUAUCCAGUCGGAUGUCUCGUUUCGCCUAUUAUUCUCUGGAUGUCUACACAUUUUUAGCUGUUGUAAUAUUUUUGACAGUUUCAGCUUGUCAAUUUUUGAUAAAUAAUGUAGGCAGAAUAUGGAGGAAGCCUUUAGAAGAUAAAGUAAAAAUAAUGUAGUUAAUAAGUUAGUAUUUAUUUUUGUAUUCGUCUCUCAUAAGAUUAAGUAGCAAAUAAUGUAUGCAUAAAUUAAUAAUAAUUGUAAUUUAGAUUUUUAUCCGUGUAAAUAAAUAUUAUAUAUGUUUUGUAUCGCUA